AUGAGCUCGGGAAACCUUGAGCAGCUCAUCGAAAAGUUGACGGCUGAAAGUGUUGUCGAGAUUAACUGGGACGGCUUCGUCGAGCUAUCGGAUCGUCUCAAGAAGGCGCCUGGAGUCCAUAAAGAUGCGAUCAACUUCGUGAAAAAACGUCUUAAUAAUAGGGACCCACACAUUGUCCAGAAUGCGAUUGAGUUGCUGGACUUCCUUUGGAAGAAUGUUUCUGGUGAAUUUCGCCGUGAGCUAAGCUCCAAAAAGAAUAUCUCUGAAAUCCAGUCGAAAGCAACCGCGUCGGAGCAUCAGAUCGCGAGGAAAAUGCGUGAGAAGCUGCGGGAGUGGGUCAAUGAAGAAUGCAAGAAGGAUCCGGCCCUUUCGUUGAUUGAAUCGUUGCAUCGUGAGCUCGUUAUGUUGGGACUCGAUUUUCCGGGCAAGAAUGACCCCGCUGAGAAUGCUGCGGAGAAGAAACUUAAAGAGGCUUUGUUGCGUAGCGAGGAAGAGCGGCAGCUGCGUGAAGCGAUCCAGGAAUCGUUGAAGGUCGCUUCUUCUUCCAGCACAACUUCGGUUGGUCGAUCUGCUGAAAAGGAGGUUUUCAAAUCGCGUGAAGGAAGCGUCAAUGAGAAGCCGAAAAAGGAAGUGAAGGCCAUCUAUGAUUUCCCAGCCGCCGAGGAGAAUGAGCUUUCUUUUAAGGCCGGCGAAGUAAUCGCUGUUCUCGAGGACAGCAAUCCUCACUGGUGGCGAGCCAGGCUCAACGGCAAAAUUGGCCUUAUUCCUGCGCAGUUCGUCGAAGAUUUUGUGGAAAAGAAGGAGAGUGUGGCGGUCCACCCUAAGGCCGCGGAAGUUCGUGCGAAAAUCGAUGAGUCCACGCUGCUGAAAACGAUUGAGUUGCUCCAGCAGUGUGAUCCCGCUGGUAUUAAGCCUGAUCCCGAGGGACUCCAACAGUUGGAAGCCGCAUCGAACGCCCAGGCACCACUUAUUAAUGAGAAGCUUGCUCAGAUCGAUCGCCUGACGAACAUGCUGGCCAAGGUUGAUAUGUCUAUCCGCAAUGUUUUGUCGGAAUAUGACAGCGCGGUUCGCAAUCCGGUCGUGCCCCAGCCGGUCACCGGUUCCUAUUCGAUGCAGAUGCCAGGUCAUCAUCCUGUACCUUACGUUGAGGCGGCGCUGGAGAAUGUGACCGUGACCAACAGCGCAUAUUCUCUUCACCAGGAGUGGCUGCCGCCUCCUGGACGACCGGUUGCCCAUAAUAGCUCGGAUAUCAAUUUGUCCUUGACUCCUCACCGCUAUGAGUCGUCUGGAUUG